AUGCUCGCACGCACAGUUCGCUCCCUCAUUCGCCCGUCGUAUGUCGCAACUAAGCAGGCGCAACGGGGGAUUGCUUCAAAGCCUGCAUUCACAUUCCUCCCCUCUAAUGCUCUCCCCUCGAAGCCUCGCGGCAAGGGUCUUACCGAGAUACGCGGACCAUACUACUAUCCUGUCACUGCCACGUACUUGGACGAGCUCCUCUCAGACUGGGGUGCAUACGUUGAUGGAAUCAAAUUUGCUGGAGGCGCCUUCUCCUUGAUGCCUGAGGAGAGGCUGAGGCUGCUAAUUGAAGUUGCACACAAGCAUGACUGCUACGUCUCCACCGGCGGCUUCAUCGAACGAGUACUAUCAACUUCGGCAGGAUCGCCACAAGUUGUCUCGAAAUACUUGACGGCAUGCAAGAAUAUGGGUUUUGACGUCCUCGAAAUCUCUGCUGGCUUCCUCUCAAUUCCCACUGAGAGCUGGAUCAACCUCGUUGAAGACACGAAGAAGCAUGGUUUAAAACCGAAGCCUGAGGUUGGAAUUCAAUGGGGUGCUGGAGGAGACGCGUCUAUUGCCGAGCUCGAAUCUUCAGGAACGCGCGAUCCGCGUUGGAUGAUCGAUCGUGCCAACGCUUUCCUCGACGCGGGCGCAUAUAUGAUCAUGAUUGAGAGCGAGGGGAUUACUGAGAACGUGAAGUCGUGGCGUACAGAUGUUAUCUCGGCAGUCACCUCGUCACUUCCCGCUGACAAGAUUAUGUUCGAAGCCGCUGACCCUGAGGUCUUCGCAUACCAUAUUCAAAACCAAGGCGCCAAUGCCAACUUGUUCAUUGACCAUUCUCAGAUCGUGCAGCUCGCAUGCCUGAGGAAAGGGAUAUGGGGAACGAGGUCGACGUUUGGCAAAAUCAUUACCUACGGAGAAGAUGGCCACAAGCACAAGUGA